CGCGCGCCGGCGGGGGUCACGUGAGGGGGGCUGCGCGGUGCCUGACAGGGCCGCCCGCUUCUCCUGCUCUUCCUCCUCCUCCUCUUCCUCCUCCUUCUGCUUCUCCUCCUUCUCCUCCUCCUCCUCCUCCGCCAUGGAGGCAGCCGCCCUGCCCAUCCGCCGGCACCGCCGGGCCCUUGUGGAGGCCGUGAGGGAGCAGCCCUUCCUCAUCGUCACCGGCGAGACGGGCAGCGGCAAAAGCACGCAGCUGCCCAAGUACCUCUUCGAGGCAGGGCUCGCCAGGCACGGGGCCGUCGGUGUCACCCAGCCCCGCCGCGUUGCCACCAUCUCCGUGGCGCAGCGGGUGGCCGAGGAGAUGGGCUGUGCCCUGGGGAGCCUCGUCGGGUACCAAGUCCGCUUUGAUGACUGCACCAGCGAGGAUACUGCCAUCAGGUACAUGACUGAUGGCUGCUUGUUGAGGCAAAUCCUGGCAGACCCUCUUCUCAGCAAGUACAGUGUCAUCGUUUUGGAUGAAGCCCACGAGCGGAGCCUCAGCACUGAUAUUUUGUUUGGUUUGCUGAAGAAACUGUUCCUACAGAAGAAGCCCCCAGACAGGGAGACAGCCAUGAAAGUGGUGGUGAUGUCAGCCACCCUGGAGGUAGACAAGCUCUCGGAGUUCUUUGGACACUGUUCAGUGCUGCAUAUUCCAGGAAGAAGUUAUCCUGUCAAGGAGAUAUUCUGCAACCUGCUCAGCCCACGGGAUGUGGGCAGCUCUGCCUAUGUUACAGAGGCUGUAAAAGUGGCACUGAAUAUCCACCUGAAUGAACCAGAGGGUGACAUCUUGGUUUUCCUGACAGGUCAGAUUGAGAUAGAAAGAGCUUGUGACUUACUUUUCAAGAAGGCAGAAUCUAUUGAUUACAGGUACGAAGUGCAUGAUCGCUCUGUGGAAGGCCUGCUUAUCUUACCCUUGUAUGGGUCCAUGUCAACAGAUCAACAGAAAAGAAUAUUUUUGCCAGCUCCCACAGGCAUCAGGAAAUGUGUGGUAUCCACAAACAUUGCUGCAACAUCCCUGACCAUUGAAGGAGUCAGAUACAUUGUAGAUAGUGGAUUUGUGAAGCAGUUGAAUCAUAAUCCCCGAGUUGGUCUGGACAUACUGGAGGUGGUUCCCAUUUCAAAGAGUGAAGCCAGGCAGCGAGCUGGCCGGGCAGGCAGGACAUCAUCCGGGAAAAGCUACCGGCUCUACAGCAGGGAAUUCUGGGAGCAGUGCAUGCCUGAUCACACCGUCCCAGAGAUCAAGAGGACCAGUCUGACAUCUGUGAUCCUGACCUUGAAGUGCCUUUCCGUGCAUGAUGUCAUAAGAUUUCCCUAUUUGGACUGCCCUGAAGAAAGGCAUAUUUUGGAAGCUCUCAAGGAACUUUACCAGUGUGGUGCUAUUGACAGGAGAGGCCACGUAACAAGACUGGGUGAAUUCCUGGUGCAGUUUCCCCUCCCUCCCAACCUGACCUGUGCUGUCAUAAAAGCUGCUUCUCUUGACUGUGAAGAUCUGCUGCUUCCCAUUGCAGCCAUGUUGUCUGUGGAAAACGUCUUCAUUCGUCCAGGUGAUCCUCAGAAGCAAAAGGAGGCAGAACUUCAACACCAGGAACUCUCCUCACAAGUGGGAGGAUGCAAUGACUUUGCAACCCUCUUAAAUAUAUUUGAACAGUGCAAAGCAAGCAAGUCUCCUUCAGCUUGGUGCCAGAAAUACUGGAUCCAUUGGAGGGCUUUAAAAUCUGCUUUUAGUGUGGAAAAGCAACUUCGGGAAAUAAUCAGUAAACUGAAACAGCUCCCAGACUUCCCUAAAGAGACAUUUGAAGGCUCCAGAACUGAAAUUCUAAGAAGAUGUCUGUGUGCUGGAUACUUCAUCAAUGUAGCUAGGAGAUCUGCAGCCAGGACAUUCUGCACAAUGGAUGGGCAUGGCAGCACAGUCUACAUCCAUCCUUCAUCUACACUGUAUAACCAGGAGACUCUGCUAGAGUGGAUCAUCUUCCAUGAUGUUACAGUGACCUCCAAAAUCUACGUCCGGACGGUGUGUCCCGUUCGCUAUGAGUGGGUCAAAGACUUGUUGCCCAGGCUGCAUCAGAUUGAUGCCUAUGAACUGAGCAGUGUGGCACGGGAAGAAGUGACUGAGGAGGAAAUAACCAAGUGGAAGCAGAAGGAGGACCUCAAAAGGCAGUAUGAAGGAGUCACAGACAACUCUGCAAAGAAGAUGGAGAGAAGGAAUGAUGAUAAAUCCAUAUUGGAUGCCCGAGCUCGUUAUUUUGAGAGAAAGCAGCAAAGAGCCCAGGGUCUGAGUGGCCCCUUGAAAGAAGUGGGGUAAUUGUCAUGGCUGCUCUGCUCCUGCUGUGAGGAAAGGCAGUUUGGUGCAGUUGUUCUGGGCACGUUUGCAUAAUGCAAAAUGACUAACUGGAAUGAAGGGAAACUUCUGCUUUGUGGUAAGUUGGAGUGCUGAGGCACAGAAACACAAUCUUCCUCUGCUGCAUCCAGCACGGAGAGAUGACCAAGCUGAGUUUUGUUGGCACAUGACACAGUCAACAAUGUAGUGGCCUCAAAUGUGGAGGUGGUGCCAGUUCUGUGGCAUUUAGUUGACUUAAAUGUCUGGGUGGUCUCAGUGCCAUUAUUAAUAAAAAUGUCUUCAUUUUUUUUUUUUUUUAAAAGGAGGGGAACUGUCCCAUUUUAUCCACUUGACUUUGAUUGUGGCUGGAUAAUCUUUCUGCUGAUACACAACUCAGCAGAGGGCUUUGUUUAAUGCUGGAAUUAUCAGGGUCUAAGUUCAAAAGGGCAUUUGCCCCCUGCAUUCUCUGUCACAGUGUUGUUCCCACUCUGUAUUGUGCUCUACCAUGUACAGUGAUGGUUCUGGCUGAAGAUGUCUUUGUAUUCAAAGUAUUUUGUACAUGUUUUCCCAUUCUUGUUAGCAAUGCAGAUUUAUUUUUCUCUGGUCAGGGAUGACUUAGCACUGUGUGUUUUCCAUUUGGCAAAAAUAACCCCCAGCAGUCAAUCCAGUAUUCAGGGAAGUCCCUCAGCAGAUCUUCUGCCUAGUGGGCUGUUUUUCUGAGUUUGGUGACUGUUAUUUUUAAAAUGUAUAGAUUUCUGCCUGAAGAAUGAGUUUCUAAUGUGCAGGAAGAAUACACAAGGAAAUAACUAGCUGUUUUGUUUUGUUUUCCCUCAACUCAGGUAUGUAAAAAACAAAGAUGCUUUGUGAUCAUGAAGUUUGUUUCCUUCUCAAUAAAGAGGAAAUCCCCUUCUGUCA